AUAAAAGCUAUAUAUAUAUACUAGUAUAGUAUGAACAAGUGUUUGUUUUUGUUAUUAAAAAAAGAAAAAGGAUCGAUAGGAUCUGGAAGAAGAGAGAGUGGCUCGUUCGAAUCCAAUGGCAUCAUCAACAUCAAGCAGCAGAAAAAGAAUGGCAGGUGGUGAUGGUUUAACUAACGAUUGCUGGGAAUUGGUGAUAUCUAAACUGGAGAAGGAGAAGAAGGAGGAGGAGGAGAGUAAUCAUUGUUUAGAGACACUAUCCAUGGUAUCCAAACAAUUACUAUCCAUCAGCAGCAGUUUUGUGCAUUCCAUAAAAUUAAUCCACAAUCCAUCAUCAUCACCCAUCUCUCGCCUCUUCCACAGGUUCACAAACCUAACCUCACUCGAUCUCUCCGCCUUCCGCGGUGGCGGUGACAUCAACGCACUACUUUCUCGAAUCCCUCCAACUUCUGUUUCCCGUCUCACAUCCCUCAACCUCUCUAACCAACAAACCUUCCCCAUAUUAGGGUUACGAUCUAUUCUUCUCAAAAAUUGCAGAUUGACCUCUCUUAUUUGCUCCAAUAUUGCUUUUCUCAAAUUUACUGAUAUAACCUUCAUCGCAGAUUCCUUUCCGUUUCUCCAACAUUUGGAUCUCAGUUUCCCUAGAGGAGGCGAAGGAAUACUCGUGGUGGAGGACGAUUAUAACAAUGCCAUGAAUCUUCUCCCUCAAAAGCUUAAACUUCUUCGCAGUGUUAAUCUAUCUGGUAAUUUCUACAUUAAUAAUUCAUCGUUUCUUCAACUAUGUAUCAACUGUGAGUUUCUCCAACAGGUGCUUAUAUCACGAUGCCCUUUCAUAACACAUGCUGGUAUUGCCGAAGCAAUCCACCACAGACCCACUUUGAAUUAUCUAUCUGUUACCAACUUUAAGGAAGGACUUGAACUUGAAAACGUUGACUCCUACUUCAUUGAUUCACUCACCAGUUUGAACCGCUUAACUUGUCUUGAUUUCUCCUUUUCAUGCAUUACUGAUUUGAUGCUUAAGGCUAUAGCACUCCAUGCCCUUCCUUUGACCAAACUUGUCCUCCAAGAUUCUUACAACUAUACCUAUUCCGGUAUCUCUCAUCUCUUGUCUAAGUGUCCAACUCUGCAGCAUCUAGAUCUUCAACGUGCAAACUUUUUGAAUGAUAAGCUUUUCAACCAGCUAUGUGCAUUCCUUCCAGGUUUGCUGUCUAUUAAUGUCAGCAGCUGUGACAAGCUCACCAAUUCAUCCUUCUUUGCACUCCUUACCAACUGUCCUUUGCUCUCAGAGAUCAGAAUGGAGUCAACAGAUAUUGGACUCGGUCCAACACCCUCCAUCGUGGAUGAUUUGCUUGUAUACCCUCAACUCAAGUCCCUCCAUUUGGCUUACAAUUCACAUUUGCAAGACCAUCACAUCAACAACUUUGCUUCCAUGUUUCCUAAUAUGCAACUUAUUGAUUUGAGCUUUUGCCAUUACAUAUUUCAACAUGGUAUUGCUGUACUGUUAAAGAGAUGUCCUAAGAUCACACAUUUCAAGUUUGUUGGCUUCCCACACGCUAAGCUACGUUCAAUCAACUCUGAAGCUUCCAUUCUGGAGGUGCUGAACUUGGCGCACUCGAGAAUUGAUGAUGAAGGACUGUAUCAGAUCUCAAAGACUUGCCCUCAGCUUUUGCAACUGGACCUAGAACAUUGUCACAAUGUCACGGAGAAGGGAGUGCAGCUGGCCGUAGAGAACUGCACACGCCUCAGAGAGAUUAAUUUGCAACAUUGUCAUAAAGUGUCUACUGAUAUUGUUUCCCAGAUGAUAUUUACUAGGCCAUCAUUGAGAAAAAUAAUUGCUCCCCCUCAUUUUCAUCCCCGCGACUGUGAUAGGAAACUCCUCUUUGAGCGAUGUCUUGUUUUCUAGUUAUUUUGAUCCUCAUUCAUACUUUGCAGAGCUUUGAAAUCUAUAUUGAGGGAUAUAACGUCUGAUCGCUACUCUAGAAAACCUAUUAUAAUUAGAGGGGUUAUUAUAUAUCACA